AUGUCGGGCGGAGAAUGUGGAAACGACAAGGAGGUGAUGGCGGUUGCAUUUGUCCGAGAUGCGUUCAGGAAUGGAAGUUACGGAAAUGGUGGCCAUCGUAAGGAUUUUACAUCCGGCAACCAUCACGUGGAGGUGCGGUGUUCACCGUGGGGUGUUUAUUACGCUAACGUUACUGUGGUCGCCAACGCUGCUGGGGUGAGAGUUUGCCUUUCAAGCGACGUUGCUGAUCUAGUAAUGCGUGACCCAGGACUGUUAGGCCAACGUCACGUGACGCAGGAGGAGCUACUGCUCAUGGUACAUGGAGGGCUGACUUUGCUAAAUACAACUGAUGAUCUGUCAUUUCGCCACGCAAUGAACGUUAAGAUCUUGUUUGAGAGUGUGGCAGGACUCAGAGAGCUGCUGGUUUCAAGAGUACUUUCCCUGGUCAUGCAUAGAAUCACGAGAAACUUAAAUGGGUACCAGAUGGCUGCAAACGAUGCUAUCCUGACAUUCCUCAGGGAAAGUCCGCCGCCUUCAGCUGGACUUCGGCUGGACUUCCGAAACACAAUGAAUUCGAUAGUAGCUUUUGACGGCAUAACGGAUAGCAUGAUAAAGACGUGCCUGGAGAUGACAACGGAACCCGCACUGGCGUUUGCGAUGCUAGCGGACCCGGGUGUUAACAUCCUCAAGACAGUUGAAGCGAAGUCGGCACUAGCCGAUAGAAGUACCUCAUUGAUGAACAUGUCCUUGGGUAGGUUGAACUUCCUGCUGCAUAUUGCUAUCAUCCACUUGGGCAUGAACCGUCCAAUGGAUCCCGGAGUAGGUGACUUUGUAAAAACGGUCGAGCUAGAGGCGGUACUGGAAUCCUUGGGAGUGCUUCAUUCGCGAGUUUUACGCGGCUCCAGAGUGUUUUACCCGUCACAGCCGUACGCUGCAAACCUGAUAAAGGUCAGCCCUGAGGAUGAGAGACUUCUCCAGCUGGUAGUGAAGAUGAUUGUGGCUGCAAGGGUGAAGUGGCGGUUGAUCAAAUUAGAGAGGUAUGGGGGCAACCGUCAUUCAUUGAGUUACACGAAUACAUGGUGUGAGCAAGGGGGUGCCUGGCCUGAGGACGACAUUAAGGAAGCAGAAAUAAAAAGAAUCCCCGUGAAUGGGAGCACAGUUGCAAGGGUGUUUAAGAACGGUCCCUUUGAGAGAAAAUGUGUGCUUGCCUCAGAAAGGCUUGUCGAGUACACCCUGUGCGGGGGGAACUUCUCAAUACUGGCAUGCGACCAAGCACAGUGGUUAGUGCCCAAAAACACCGCGCGAAUAACAACAGCCAUGAGUAGGGUACGCCGCAGCGUUCUGCACGGUUUGUACACGCCGGGGACCGAAAUAGGCAGAGCCUGGCCUUAUGCAACGCGAAUUCUCGUAGCGAACGUAGCGCUUGCACCGUUAAAUUGCGAUCUUGGGAUCAUCAGAGAUAAUCCGGAAAGAGAGUACAUGCUACUACAAUGUUUAUCCGAGAACCUUGUCCCAGAUGCUGAGGGUACACAGUUUUACACUUCUGAAAAUGCUUUGCUACAUAAAAUGUUGGAAAGGUACUACGGCCCUAACGUAGUGCUGCCAAGGGAAGUGGAACUUGUAGGGUGGAAGAACUCAACCGACCACAUAGCGCUCAUCUUAGGAGCUGUUAGUCUAUGUGUAGAGAAAACGGACGGAGCGGUGAGCCUGAAGGAGACCUGUGCGACCAACGACGAUACUGCCGGACUUAUGUCGGGAGCUGCAGUGCGCAACUUUUACAGGACUCUCCAGAUGCCGCUUACGGGAAUAAAUAAUGCCAAUCCCGGCAUGCCGUUGUUGGUUAAGGGCAGGCCACUCGACACGACUGUGCGGUUGUGGCUUGAAACAUGUACAACCAACAAACGCAGUCCAGGUCCGGUCUUCACGUGGAGCAGUGGAAAAUUCGGGAACGUACUCGGUACGGCGCUAGUGGCCAAUAGUGCGGCAGAGGAGCUGAGCCAGAACACCAUUGGUGACACGAUUUUAAUUUUCACGGCGCUGGUUGUGGUUUUUGUGGUAUCAAUCAAAACGCAAAAAUAUGAAUCAUUCUCUUUGCUUGCUCUGGCCAUAGCUGUUGGAGGCAAAGGAGAAACAAUGCCUUGGAUUGAUAUAUAUAACACUAUGAAAAGCAGGGAAGUGAACCUUACGUUGGCAGGCAAGUCAAAUGGUCUCAUGAUUGUGCUGGCAUCAACAAUUCUGACAUUUGCCUACCCGACUCCAUCUGAGGGGGCGGUGCUCACUGCAGUACUGGUGACGGCUACACUAGUAAUUAUCCAGACUGUACCAAUGACUCUGCUGAAAAUAGAAGAACAAAUGGCAAUAGACAGUGUUGUGUUGGGAUUGGGGCACACAAAUCUGUUGGGAUCGCGCAUGUUGGUAUCAGGCUAUAAGUACCCUGAACUACGCUGUGCUGACGGUGUGACCCCGUAUCUGGGGCCAGUCAGUUUGGCGGAGAGAACAAACGAAGUUGCGGAGACGUUUGGAUAUCAAAUACCGGCACACACAAAUGUCCCGCAACCAAAGUUUGUGGUGUCACCAAUAGUUGUUGGUUAG